ACUGACCUCACUGUCACCUUCUCCUUUAUAAAUUUCUAGGGUUUCCUCUUUCCGAAAAACGCCGCUCCUUUUCUGUAGACGAGCUCACUAGAGACGAAAGAAGCAAAAAACCAGAACCCUAGAAAUUGUGAUCUCCGUAAUUUCACAAGCUCAGCUGAGCUGGGAAGUCGUGGAACAUGCACUGAUUGAUCAAGAAUUUGGACCCAAAUCACAUUUUUGGACCCGAUUUUGUUUCACAAUGUUGAGAUCUCUAGUUUACAAAGGGAACUCUUUCAUCGGGGAGGCUGACGUCAGCCCUAGCAGCGAUAAGACGGGGAUCUGGACGCGAGAGAUUCGAUCUCGCACCUCUCGCCGCCGAGCGAUCGGUCGCCGCCCCUGGCGGUCCUGUGGACUAUCGAUUCGGAUCUCGCACCUCUCGCCGCCGAGCGAUCGGUCGCCGCCCCUGGCGGUCCUGUGGACUAUCGCCGUCGAUGGGUUCUGCUUCAAGAUGGAAGCGCCGUCGCCGUCGCCGGAGGAUCAGUUGACUUCGAUCCAUGAUGCUUGCGUCAGAGAGAAGAAGACGGCAGUUGUUCCAUUAGGAAAUGAAGAGCUGCAUUUAGUGGCCAUGCCUUCCAAGAGAAACUCCAUGCAGUAUUCAUGUUUUUGGGGAUUCACCGUUGCUUCAGGAUUGUACAACUCUUGUCUAGUGAUGCUCAAUCUAAGAUGCCUUGGCAUUGUGUUUGAUCUUGAUGAAACACUUGUGGUUGCAAAUACUAUGCGAUCUUUUGAGGACCGAAUCAAUAAUCUGCAGCAAAAGAUGAGUAAUGAGAAUGAUCAACAACGUUUGGCCUCUAUGUUGGCUGAGAUUAAACGAUAUCAAGAUGACAGAACUAUUUUGAAACAAUUUAUAGAGAAUGAUCAAGUUGUUGAAAACGGAAAGCUGUUCAAAGUCCAAGCUGAGAUUGUUCGGCCUUUGUCUGAGAGUCAUCAACAGAUUAAUCGACCAGUUAUAAGAUUGCAAGAGAAAAACAUCAUCCUGACUCGUGUCAAUCCAGCUAUACGUGAUACUAGUGUUCUUGUACGGGUUAGACCGGCAUGGGAGGAACUUCGAAGCUACUUAACUGCCAGAGGCCGCAAGCGUUUUGAGGUUUAUGUUUGCACCAUGGCUGAGAGAGAUUAUGCUCUUGAAAUAUGGCGGCUUCUUGAUCCAGAAUCAAACUUGAUCAAUUCUAAUGAGAUUCUAGAUCGAAUUGUGUGUGUUAAGUCUGAAUUGAAGAAGUCAUUGCUAAGUGUCUUUCAAGAUGGGAAGUGUCACCCAAGGAUGUCUUUAGUGAUUGAUGAUCGUUUGGCAGUGUGGGAUUUUAAAGAUAAGCCACGAGUUCAUGUUGUUCCCGCUUUUGCCCCUUACCAUGCUCCUCAAGCAGAGGUGGUUAGUUCCGUCUCUGUUUUAUGUGUCGCAAGAAAUGUUGCAUGCAACGUUAGAGGCGGUUUUUUCAAAGAAUAUGAUGACACUUUAUUGCCACGCAUCGCUGCUGCUUGCUAUGAAGAUGAAGUGAGAGAUCUCCCAUCUGCUCCAGAUGUGAGCAAUUAUCUGAUUUCCGAGGAAGAAACUUCUCUAGGAAAUGGAAACAACGAUCUUCUUUCUUUCGACGGAAUGGCAGAUGCUGAAGUUGAGAGGAGAUUGAAGGAGGCAAAUUGCAAUAGCCAAGCUGCACCAUUCAUUGUCCAGGGGGCAAAUUGCAACGGUCAAACUGUUCCACCCAUGGUCAGCAACUUCAACCAUAUGCAAAUGACUCCUGUUCAUCAUGUGAUACCUUCAUCCUUCGGUGCAAAGCCUUUGGCAGCUUCUCAAAGGAUACUGCCAUACUCUAAUAAUCCUUUUCCUCAGCCUACUGUAUUGAUGAACCCACCUGCUAUUGAAGAGGGUGAAGUGAAUGAUUCAGAGUUAGAUCCAGACACAAGGAGAAGGCUUCUCAUAUUGCAGCAUGGGCAAGAUGUAAGAGGACCUUCACCAUUGGAAUUGAGACCUCAACCUGAAGUUCCUGUCACUUCUAUAAAAUCUCCGGAAAGUUGGUUACCAAAAGAAGAAGAGAUGAAACCGAGACAAAAGAGUAAAGCAUCCAAUGAUUACCCAUUGCAACCAGAAACUAUCCAUUUCAAUAAGAGGCUGUCUGACGAGGAUUCAUAUACUAACAGAAUAUAUCACAGAAACAAAAGGCUUACCACAGAGGUGCGUAAUGGAAGUGAUGGCCUGCAUAGAAACUAUUCAAGAUCAAAUUCAUUGACAGGCGAGGAUAUGUCUCGGCGUUCAAUUCCUACUAGGAGCAGAGAUGAACAUUUUGAAUCUGGUCUCACUCAGUUCUCCAAAAAUCCAGUUGAAGUUCUACAGGGGAUCGCUGCAGAAUCUGGAACCAAGGUUGAGUAUCGGAUAACUUUGUUAAACAGUAUAGAACUGCAGUUUUCUGUUGAGGCUUGGUUCCUUGGAGAAAAGAUGGGAGAAGGAAUUGGGAGAUCAAGGAAGGAAAGCCAGAAGCAAGCUGCUCAGGAAGCUAUUCAACAUUUAGCAGAUCACUAUCUGGAUGAUUUUUCCAAUCCAGCUGCUUUUUGUGAGAGAAAGCAAUCUCGUGUCGAGAAAAUAGAUAUUUUCAGUGACUCCAAUUUGCAUGGACCCCCAACAUAUUCAAGGAUGGAAACUUUACGAAACCCCUCAGAGGAAAAUUUGUUGAAGCCAUCAGAUGCUGCUGUCACCCUUAAGGAACUAUGUACUUUGAAGGGUUUCAGUCUAGCUUUUAAGACUGAUUCGUCACUCCAGGCCAGUUCAGACGAUAAGCAAGGUGUAUGUGCACAGGUUGAAAUAGCAGGACAGAUACUAGGAAAGGGAUCUGGAACUACCUGGAACAUAGCUAAGUUAAAGGCUUCUGAAGAGGCUCUUGCUAACUUGGAGUCUAUGCUAGGUCAAUUCACUCAGAAUUGCCUUGGUUCUUCAAGGAUAGUGCAAAGUCCUCCUAAAAAGAGUUGGAAGAAAGAUUGUUCACAAAUACUCCGUGGAUCAUCCGAUAAUUACUCAAAAAACAUAAUUCCUCAAUCUUGACAAUGGUGAAAAAGGCCAUAUUGUUUGUAGUUUUUGGAGCGUAAGCAGGGAUGUAGGGUUUUACUAUAACAGGGUUGGGCAAUUUUCCAGUUAAUGUUCCUAAUCCGAAAUCCGAUAUGGGGAAAGUUGAAGGUGGUUGUGUAUAAUUUCAUGUCCCCAAUGUUAUGCGGAGAUGACCCUGUGAUUUUAGAGCCCGUAGAGAGAAAUAUCACAGGUUUGCUAUCUCAGUCAUUAAUUCUUUCAUUUUUGUUCCCCCUUCAGUGGUAGCAGUGUGCUAUGUAUAUUGAGCUCAAGCUUUGUUGUAAUACUAGCCGCACAGGGACUUGUUUAGUGCAACAAGUUCUGUAAUCUUUUAUCCAUUGACCCGGAAAAAAAAGGUUCUAUAAUCUUGUGGGCUUGUGUGAUGUCUUAUGAAUUCCCUUAUCUGUGCAUUUUUUAUGUGUGAGUGUGUGUGUAGCUGCUUAUGGCAGAUUUCGAAGCAAAAUCAUUCUGUUGCCUUCAGCAUUGAUGUAAUUUUAACAACCUUUUUAUUU